AACUGACUAAGCAACCAACUAACAACCCUCCUAGAAAGACUGUCAAAAGGAAAACGAACCCUCCUAAACCCCCGCGUGAAGAAGACGAGAUCGGUGCUAGCAAAACUGAUUUAUUAAACACUGGAGGCAGCUCUGGCUGUUGGUGACGCCGAUCUCUCUCUAGCUCUCUCUCUCACCCCGCUCCGCGCGAUGGAGCACCAGCCGCCAGCCGACGACGUCGUGGUCCAGCUGAGCGCCGCCGCCGUCGCGGCCGUCGACGAGAGGAGCUCGACGAACCACGACGGCGACAACGCCGGCGCUGGGGACGGCGGCCGCGCGCGCCGCACCUUCAGCCAGUACUACAAGAUGGAGCACCGCAAGGCCCCGGAUUUCAAGUGGUGGCAGAUCGGGGUGCUGAGCUACCAGUCGCUGGGCAUCAUCUACGGCGACCUCGGGACGUCGCCGCUGUACGUGUUCUCGACCGUGACGCUGCCGGACCCGGGGGAGGAGGACUUCCUCGGCAUCCUCAGCCUCAUCCUCUGGACGCUCACCCUCAUCGGCCUCCUCAAGUACACCUUCGUCGUGCUCCAUGCAGACGACCAUGGAGAAGGUGGUACCUUUGCCCUGUACUCGCUCCUGCGUCAGCAUGUGAAUUUCAGCGGAAGCAUGCCGAUGCCAGUCACACGGCUGGCGUCCGACAUUAAUCUCAAGUUUCACAGCAAGAAGAAGAAACUGCCGUCCAAGAUGCGCGAGUUCUUGGAAAGAAGCACAACAGCACAGUCAGUCAUCACCUACGUCGUGUUGAUCGCGACUUCCAUGGUGAUGGGUGAUGGUGCCCUCACUCCAGCCAUCUCAGUUCUGUCGGCCGUUCAAGGAAUCCAAUCAAGAUCUCCUAAGAUAACACAAGAUCAUGUUGUCAUUCUAAGCGUGAUUAUAUUGAUCAUUCUGUUCCUUUUUGAGAACUAUGGGACAAGCAAAGUCAGCUUCGCUUUCUCUCCUAUUAUGCUCCUAUGGUUUGCGUUUGUCUCGCUCAUUGGACUGUACAAUAUUAUCAAGUAUUACCCACCAGUUCUCAAAGCCGUGUCGCCACUCCACAUAAUAACGUUCUUCGCAAGGAACAAAAGAAAAGCCUGGGAGCAACUUGGAGCAAUUGUUCUAUGCAUAACGGGUGCCGAAGCUAUGUUUGCUGACCUGGGUCACUUCAACAAGUCAUCGAUUCAGAUGGGAUUUUCAGCAGUAGUUUAUCCAUCAAUGAUCCUUGCAUAUUCUGGCCAGGCAGCAUUUUUGAUCAAGAACCCUUCUAAGCUCAGCACGACGUUCUACAGUAGCACUCCAGAGCCCUUGUUUUGGCCCAUGUUUAUCAUAGCUACUUUAUCUGCUAUUGUUGCAAGCCAGGCAUUAAUAUCAGCCAGUUUCUCCAUCAUUCGACAAUCAAUUGCAUUAGGUUGUUUUCCAAGGGUUACGAUGAAGCAUACCUCAGAAAAAUAUGAAGGCCAAGUAUACUCUCCAGAGGUCAACUACUUCUUGAUGAUCACGUGCAUCGUGAUAACUUAUGGAUUUAAAGGGGGGCCACAGAUCGGGCAAGCCUUUGGCACAGUAGUGAUAUGGGUUAUGCUGUUUACAACAACCCUCAUGACAGUUGUCAUGGUUGUCAUCUGGCAAACCAACAUCAUAGCAGUCGGCCUGUUUUUCGCUCUCUUCUUUUGCAUUGAAGGGAUUUACAUGACCUCACUUCUAAACAAGGUCUUACAAGGUGGGUGGGUUCCAUUUGCAAAUACUGCAUUUUUCCUUGCAAUUACAAUGUCGUGGACUUAUGGGAGACGCAAGAAGAAUGAAUACGAUGCAGCCAACUUGGUGGGCAAGCAGGAGUUUAUUAAAAUAGUAACAGGGAGCAGCCAGGUACCUGGGAUAUGCAUCUUUUGCACAGACUUGAUGAAUGGCAUUCCACCUAUUGUUCGCCACUAUGUUAAGCACACGGGUUCCAUCCGUGAAGUGAUGGUAUUUGUCACUGUGAGGAUUCUUCCAGUGAGAUCUGUCCUUCCAGAAGAGUGCUUCCUCGUAGACAAACUAGAUCAUGUUGGUGUUUAUAGGUGCAUACUCCAAUAUGGCUAUAUGGAUAACCACAACAUGGAUGAUGAUGACUUCAUUGUAUUGGUUGUUGCAUCCCUCAAGCAAAUAGCUGACAAUGAUGAGAUCUUACUGUUGGAUUCAGCUUUCACAAAUGGAACAAGCUUUGUGAUUGGAAGGACUAUUCUAAAGAUGAGCAUCACACGGAACUGCUUCAAGCGCUUCGUUAUUAAUAACCUUUACAGGUUCCUGCAAAAGAACUUCAGGUCCAACAUGUCUAGUCUGAAGAUAGCUCCUGGCAAAACAUUGCAGGUUGGAAUGCACUAUGAGAUCUGAGGAAGGCAACUCGCAGAUGCAUAUGCAUGGGAUCCUGAUGUCUUGAGUGUGUAACAUUAGUGAAGAUGUCAUUUAGAUAUUUUCCGAAAGCUAUCUUGGUCAAACUUUAAAGCGCACCAAAGUUUUGUAUGUUUCACAUUUAUUCAUAGUCGUACUAGAGAGGUUUUUGUUCCAGCAUGGUGAUAUUUAGUUGUUUGAUGAACUGCGAAAUCAUUGUCUGUUUAAUGCCAAUUAUACAUGCAUGAAUGUCAAUUUUCAAAUGUCAGUCAAAUUGCUAAAACUAGCAAGAAAUAUAUAUUUUUAUCCAUCA